CUUCAAUUGGUUGAAUGAACUUCCGCCGAGUACUGUCAACUUCCGUCGAAAACAGCGCGCUGCUUCGAAGCUGUCAAAAUGGGGAAGGAAUACUGCUGUAUUUGUAGCAAUUUUAGGGGAAAGAUAGUCGGUGAAAGAAUAGUAUCUCUACACGUCAUUCCAGUAAGCAAGUCCCUACGACAAGCGUGGAUAAGGCGACUUCGGUUAGUGAGAAAAGACCUCACAGUGACCAAGCACACGGAAAUAUGCUCAGAACAUUUCGUGGGUGGUAACGGUCCAGGCAUAGGGCAUGAUGUUCCAUCGAUUUUUCCGAAGAAAAAUUACAGUACUUGCACAGUGUCUGAUGCUGACUUUGUUGAUACCUCGAAGCCAAAUGAAAGCCCAUUCAAGCAGGCCUGUGACCCUGAAUCUCCCAAAGUGACUAUGCAGGUACAUGGAGGGACUCCUCAGUCUGAUGAAAUUGAACAUCAUUCCACAACAUUCAGUCAAGGUGCCAGAUCCUAUGACGUUGCAUCAAUUAUGCUGCAUGACUACUGUGAGGCUGUGUGUGAAGACGACAUCAGUUGCAUAAGAUAUGGAUCAUCGCAAACAGAAAUGGUGGAAGUUAGAAGCAUGUCUACUCAAACUGACGAUGUAAUGUUCCAGUGUUUAAAUCCUGUGAAAACAUCCUGUGCAAUGACUCAGACUGAGACUGAAAAUAAAAAAGUCUUUCGCAAUCAAGCCACUCAAGUCAAACUUCCUGAUUUAACAUUUUUUGAUGUGAAGAAUGAUUCAGAAUUGGUAACCUAUUAUACAGGUCUUGUGGAUGCAGAAAAGUUUUCAUGUUUAUUUGACGAGUUUUCUGAGGUUCAUGACAGGGACUAUCCAACAUCCAAUAUAGGACGCCCUAAAUCUUUGUCUUUGAUAGACGAGUUCUUUCUAGUGUUGAUGCGUCUUAGACUUGGACUCCUACUCCAGAUGUGA